AUGCCUUCUUCCACCUCGGUCGACACGCUUGUCAUUGGUGCUGGUCCCACCGGUCUCGGUGCCGCCAAGCGCCUCAACCAGCUCAACACUGCCACCUGGCUCCUUGUCGAUGCUAACGAGGAAGCCGGCGGCCUGGCCAGCACCGAUGUGACCAAGGAGGGCUUCCUCUUCGAUGUCGGUGGACACGUCAUCUUCAGCCACUACGCCUACUUCGAUGACGUUAUCGCCGAGGCUCUGCCCAACGAGAAGGACUGGUACAACCACCAGCGUGUCUCCUAUGUGCGGAGGAAGAACAUCUGGGUUCCCUUCCCCUACCAGAACAACAUCUCGGUCCUUCCCGUCGAGGACCAGGUCCAAGCCCUGGAGGGUAUGAUCGACGCCGCAGAGGUCCGAGUCCGCGCCAAGGAUGCUCCUCAGACCUUUGACGAGUGGAUCAUGCGCAUGAUGGGCCAGGGCAUUGCCGACCAAUUUAUGCGCCCUUACAACUACAAGGUGUGGGCUUUCCCCACCACGACUAUGCAAUGCAAGUGGCUCGGUGAGCGUGUGGCUGCCCCCUCGCUCAAGCUCAGUCUGAGCAACACCCUCUACAAGAAGGUGGCAGGCGGCUGGGGCCCCAACGCUACGUUCAAGUUCCCCGCCGAGGGGGGCACCGGAGGUAUCUGGAAGGCCGUGGCCAAGACGCUGCCGCAGGAGAAGCUGCAGUUCAAGCGUAAGGUCGUCAACAUCGACGCAAAGGCCCACACGGCCAGCCUCGACGACGGCUCCAAGAUCCAGUACAAGCACCUUGUGUCAACCAUGGGCGUUGAUUACCUCAUCGACAACCUCAAGGAUGCCGACCAAUCGGACGUCAAGCAGCUCAAGGCUGCCAAGGAGGGCCUUAUCUACUCGUCGACGCACGUCAUUGGUAUCGGUAUCCGCGGCAAGCAGCCUGAGCGCAUCGGAGACAAGUGCUGGCUCUACUUCCCUGAGGACAACUGCCCCUUCUACCGCGCCACCAUCUUCUCCAACUACUCGCCCAACAACUGCCCUGCAGAGGGCGCCAAGCUGCCCACGCUCCAGUACGCGGACCCAACACAGGGCAAACCCGACUCGACGCCCAAGGACGGUCCCUACUGGUCGCUGAUGAUGGAGGUGUCCGAGUCGAGCGCCAAGCCCGUCAACCUGCAGACGAUUCUGGCCGAGACAGUCCAGGGCUGCGUCAACACGGAGCUGUGCUUGCCCGGCGACGAAAUCGUCAGUCUGUACCACCGCAAGUUUACGCCGGGCUACCCUACCCCCAGCCUGGGACGCGACGCUGCCCUGUCAGCUAUCCUGCCCACACUCGAGUCAAAGUACAACAUUCUCAGCCGAGGAAGGUUCGGCAGCUGGAAGUACGAGGUCGGUAACCAGGACCACUCCUUCAUGCUUGGUGUCGAGGCCGUCGACAAGGCCCUUUAUGGAGCGCCCGAGAUGACUCUCGAGUCUCCCGAUUUCGUCAAUGGACGCCGCAACGCCGAGAGACGACUCACCCCUUCCGCAUAG